AUGGAAGUUGUCUUUGGGAUUGAUUUAGGAACAACAAAUAGCUCUAUUGGUUAUUAUGACGUUAACAAACAGAGUGUUGAAGUAAUUAAAUUUAAUAAUGAUAAAUUUACCCCCUCUGUAGUGUAUUAUCCUGCAAAAUCUGAACAAGACAUUAUUUGUGGGGUUUCUGCAACCAUGAUGAACAAACGUUCAAAGAACAUCAUAUAUGAAGCAAAAAGAUUUAUUGGCAGAAGAGUAAAACCAAAUGAAAUUGAAAAUGAUAAAUCUUUAUUAAACAAAAUUUCUGUUGAAGACGGUGAAUUGUUUUAUGAAAUUGAACAAGAUAACCAAAUAAAGAAAGUGUCUCCAGUAGAAGUAUCAUCUCAAAUACUACUAUAUUUAAAACAACAAGCAAUUAAUUCUAUCAAUAACAAAAGUCUUAGUGAUAACUUUAAGGCAGUUAUUACUGUUCCUGCUAAUUUUUCUAGUGAACAAAGAGAUGCUACUGCUGCAGCUGCUGAAAUUGCUGGAAUUGAAGUAAUUGAAUUAGUUAAUGAACCAACGGCAGCAGCAAUUGCCUAUGACAAGUCACAAACAUUAAUAAAUGGUGGGAAAUAUAUAGUCAUUGAUUUUGGUGGAGGAACGUUUGAUGUUUCUAUUGUCACAGUAUCUGAUAAAGAAUUUACUGUUAAUGCAACUGAUGGUGAUACACAUUUAGGAGGGAAAGAUAUUGACAUAGAGAUGAUGAAUUAUUUAUUAGAGAAUAAUGAACAAUUAGAAAAAUAUGUUACUUUUCAAGACAAGAGCAUUAGAAGUGAAGUGGCAUGUACACGAUCAAAGAAACGACUACUUCAUAAUUGUGAACUUGCAAAGAUUUUAUUUUCAAAUGAAGAAACAAAUGACGUUGAAGUUUCAUUAUCUGAUGUUGUUCCAGAAAAAGAUCUUGAAGACAUUCAACAAGAAGUAUCUAUGGUUAUUGACUCAACAACAUUUAUAGAAUUAUGUGAUCCAUUAUUUAAAAGAAUACAACAAACGAUAGAACGAGCAUUAAACAAAAAAGGUAUUCUUAAAGAAGAAAUAAAAGAUGUUAUUCUUGUUGGUGGUCCUACUAAACUAUGUUGUUUUAAAAAAAUGAUUAAAGAAUUUUUUGGUAAACAACCAUUAACAACAAUAGAUACUAUGUUGGCAGUUUGUCAAGGAGCAGCAUAUAAGGCAUUUGGAACAGAUAAACAUUAUACUGAUGUUGUUCCGAUAUCAUUAGGAGUUUGUAACCUUGGAGUAUUAUUUCAAAAAAUUAUUCCAAGUGGAACAGAAAUACCAGUUGUUAAAGAAAAACAAUUAAUGACUGCUAUAGAUGGACAGAAAACGUUAUCUAUUGAUAUUUAUGAAGGAGAAAAAGAUAUUUGUCCAGAAAAUUUAAAACUUGGUAAUUUUGAAAUUCAAAUAGAUAAACCACAACCAAAGAAAACUCCUGUUAAUGUUAGAUUUAUAAUUGAUUCUAGUGGGUUAUUUACUGUUGAAGCAAAGAUUGAAGGACUAGGAAUAGAAAAAACUUUAAUUGUUGAAGAUAAAAAAAGAAAAAGAACAAAAGAAGUGAUUCAGUCUUUAAAACAACAAGUUCAAGAAAAUGAAAAAAGAAGAAAAGAAGUAGAACAUAAAAAUGGUUUAUUAGUGUUAUUAAAUGGUCUUAAAAAUGAUAUUGAAGUUGAUAGUCAAUUUGUCCCAGAUGAAUGGUAUGAUUCAAUGUGUCAUAAAAAAUAUUCUACUAUUGAAGAAUAUCAAUCUGUUUUAAAAGAAUUAAGUACCAAAUAUAAACACUUAGAAAGUGUUAUUGCUUUUAUGGAAAAUGAACGUGAAAAUUGGGAGAAGUGGAUGAAAUGA